AUGUCGCCCACGCCACCGCCAGUAGCAGCCGCAGCCGCAGCCGCAGCCGCAGCCACGAUGGAUGAGCGAGAUUCUUCACCAUUGUCGACACUGAGUGAGCUGGAUGCUGCAUCGCCGCCCGUUCCCGUUCCCGCGCCCAGCUCCCCCGCGACGACGAGCGCGGUUGGGCCGAGCGCGACCGGAACGAGCGCCACGACGAGCGCCAAGACGAGCGCCACGACGAGCAGCAGCAGCAGUAGCAGCAGCAGCACCACUCGCCUGACUCGGAGCCACAGCCAUUCGCCGUCGCAACCGUCUCGCACACCACCCCCAUCAGCGGCAGCCGCGACGAACGAACCCUGUCGACGCUCCAGUCUCCGCAGUUCCACCUGCACACCCAUACCCGCACCCACACCUGCGACAUCCCAACCCGCGACUGCCGUGCCUCGACUGCCUCGACUGCCUCGACUGCCCAAAGUGCCCAGUCGACAAGGCACCGCUUCGAUUCGUCGCUCCGAGCGCGAGAGGAGGGACAAGCAGAGAGGCGAGGAUGUCUGUCUGGUCUGUACACCACCUGGAACGGUCUUGACCGCCGAGCAGGAGAAGGCGAAUCAGGACAAGGUCUGGAUUCAGUGCGAACAGUGAGUUCCCAGUGGCGGUCGAGGACGAGCGAGUGGCCCCACACGCACGAACGAGCUAUGUGAGCUGGGCUGGCGGAUGUGGGGCACUGCUAUGACUGCACUCGGAGCUGCAAGAGAGUACGGUAAAGAUCGAUGGUAGGCUGACAUUCUAUGGCGGUGUUCCUUUGGACUCGUACGCUCGUUCUCGGCACCUUUUCAGCUGCAACGCUUGGUAGUGAGUGACUACAGCUCAUCUCGUCCAGCGAACGAACCACAAACUGAUCAUAUCCACACGCAUUCCUCCGAACAGCCACUGGCACUGCAUCAAUCUCAACGCGGGCGAUUGUAAGCUCACCCGGUCGCUAUGCUCGGCGAUCGACGAAUCUUCGUCUGUCGGACUUACACUCGUCUCUUUAUCGCCUGACGCGUACAGCCCCAGAAGACUUCGACAAGUGGUACUGUCCGACGUGCAUCAAGAUCACACUGGCGACCCGGCACCCCCUCGCGUGCACUCGUCGACCCGUACCUCGCCGAACGAACCGAGCCGCGCCCAAGAUCGACUAUGCCAAUCUCGAUGCUCACUUGCCGGCCGAUCACCUUCGAUGGCAAAGAGUCAUCGCGACGCGCAAGAUCCUUCCCGCCAACUUCCCCAAGCUCAGACCUGAACGCUUGACCGAGGAGUGGCUGUUCAAGGAGGGAACGUGGAGCGAACCCAUCAUCGUCGAAUCGCCGAGAGGGCUGGGGAUGCAGAUGCCCGAUCGCUCAACUUCCAUCUCGGCCAUCGCGGAUGAGAUUGGUGGGGACCAUCCCAUCGAAGCUCUCGACGUCGCAGCUCAAGACAGGGAUCGCACGAUCAAAACGCUGAGGCAGUGGGCCGACUAUUUCGAGAAUCCGAGGAGGGACAAGGUGCGCAACGUCAUCUCGCUCGAAGUUGGCUCAACCCCGUUCGGAGAAAAGAUCGUGGCGCCAGAGAUGGUGAGAAGGCUAGACUGGGUCGACAAUAUCUGGCCAAAGGAUUGUAGGGACGAGGGGCAGUACCCGCAGGUGCAAAAGUAUUGCUUGAUGUCGGUUGCCGAGUCUUGGACAGUGAGUUAAUGAUGGUCUUUUCUAUCUGCACUGGCACUAUUGGUCACGGGCUGAUAAGUUGAGAUCCCGAUUCACCAGGAUUGGCACAUUGAUUUCGCCGGCUCGUCGGUCUUCUACCAUAUCCUGCGCGGCGGCAAAGUCUUUUACUUUAUUCGACCGACCAAGGAGAAUCUCAAAGCUUACGAGACGUGGAGCGGCAACACCGACCGACAAGAAGCGAACUGGCUCGGCGACCACGUCGAUGCCGUCUACCGCGUCGAACUCGUCCCUGGUAACACCAUGUUCAUCCCCUCGGGAUGGAUUCAUGCCGUUGAGACCCCUUCCGACUCGCUCGUCAUCGGUGGCAACUUUGUUCACUCGCUCAACAUCGAGACCCAGCUCGAGGUCUAUCGCAUCGAAUUGGCGACCAAGGUGCCGAAGAAGUUCCGGUUCCCGCAUUUCGUCACCUUGCUUUGGCACGUCGCGAACCAUUACACCGCUCGCUUGAACAAGGUCCUCGCUUCGUCAGCUUCGAUGCGGACGUGGCCUGCCGAGUUGCGAAGUCGUCGGGUGUUGCUGGGGUUGAAACAGGCGUCAGAGUUCUUGAUCGAACAAACGACGCGUUGGGCCAAGGGGACAAACGAACUCAGUCGAGAACGUCGUCGCGUCGCGAUUCACAACGUCCCCAAUACGUACAUCAAGAAUGCGAACGAACUGUCGAGGGAGUUUAGGCAGGUCGUUUUGCGUGCUCUGGGGGAGCCGAUGGACCGUUUGUGCGAGUUGUCGAAUGAUGCAAUGUCGUUGACCUGGGUCUCGCCGGAAGAGGUGAGGGCCGAGGCGAUGGCUAGGGAUACGGUGUCGACACCCAAGGGCAAGGCAGUAAACGGGCGUGGGGCGGCGGAGGGAUUGACGUCGAUGAUGAAUGGCCAUGGCGACGCGGGGGUCAAGCGCAAAGCCAGCGACGCCGUUUCCCUUCCAGAGACAGCCGCCAUGAUGGACCCCCACGCCUCCGGGACACGAUCGAAGAAACCUCGCAUCACCCCGAGCGGGAUGACCGCCGUCCCCAACGAUGCCCCGACAAUCUUGGAGAACACGACGCUGUACGAACGCAGACCGAUGAGGACGCAACAGAUGAUGGAUCCCAAGAGGGCCGAAGUGGGGCUCCAAUUGGCCAUGGUGAACGAGUCGUCGAAUACCAAGACGAUCGUCAAGAGGUGGGAAGAAGGCGGGAGGGUGUUUAUUGAUGUCAGGAAGAUGAUUACGACCAUUGAGAGGGUUGAGUUUGGAGUACCUGAGGAGGAGAUUGUCGCGGCCCAGCAGACUCUGGGUCAGCGUGGGGCCGAAGGGGCUGAUGGGGUGCAGGGGGAGCAAGAGAUACAGGUCGAUGGAACGGCGGGUUCGUCGACGGCGGGGCGGCAGGAUAUUCGACAGACGACUGUGCAGGAUUUGCCCAUGGAGGUUGAUCAAGCCCCGAUGCCCACCGUUCCCGUCGCCUCUACGUCUACCUCCGCUCUCGUUUCCGCGCCUGUUCCCACUCCCGCGCCUGCUCCCGCGCCUGCUCCAACAAGGCCACCCAUCGUCCUCGCCGAAGCCCCAGCCCAUCCCUUCCCACCUUGGGACCCCUACCACCCCACUGCGUACAAACUCUCCACGGACCCCUACGUGCGCCUCGAACAAAUGAGUCGCAUCAUCAACACGUACAAUGACCCGCACCUGAUCAAGGCCACGGGGUUGAACUCGGCUUUUAUGGGAAGUGAUGGGACCUCCGAUGCGGAUGAUUGGACGGACGAGAAGUUCUUCGACCUGGUUUGGAGUAUGCGACCUGUGCUGAAGGAGGGGAGGGGGACGGAGGGGGAUUCGGGCACGCGGAGGAAGGCGCAUGGCUCGCAGUCCAAACCCAGGACAUCGUCCGGUAAGAUGGGAGUGGCGUUCAAAAACGCUACUCAACCCCAGGGUCCCACCUCAGUGCCCACGUCAUCGUUGACGUCAGCCUCGACGGCAGCCUCAACGUCAGCCUCAACGUCAGCAUCAACGUCAGCAUCAACGUCAGCGUCAGGCUCGACUUCGCAAGCCCCUGUCCUCGAGACGGGACCAGCCGCCACGAGCCCCUCCUUGCAACGCCCUGACUCCGGCGACGUUCCCAUGACAUCGCCUCAACUCAAGUCUACGCAGCCCAUCACGUCUUCUCCAGUGCCCAUCCUGUCGUAUAUAUCACAGAACCAACCCCAGCUUGAUAGCCUCGCUCCUCGAUCAACUGUGCUCCCUGCCGCUCAAUCCUGA